AUGCGGAGGUCGAUUCUGACUCCGAUUGCGUCAACGGCGAAAGGAAUUCUCUUCCGGCAUCUCCUGAAGAAAGUUAAUCGGACUGCAACUUGUCUCCAAAGACGAGCCUUUUCUGGUGGAAGUGAUUACAGAGAGAAGCUGAGAAGUGGGCUUCACUCUGUCAAGUUUGAAGACGCGCUUGAUUUGUUCAUUGACAUGGUUCACUCUCAACCCCUUCCUUCCAUUGUUGAUUUCAGUAGAUUACUCACUGCCAUUUCCCGUAUGAAAAGGUAUGGUGCUGUGAUCAAUCUCUGUCGGCGUUUGGAAAUGAUUGGACUUUCACACGAUCUCUAUAGCUUCACCAUUCUGAUAGAUUGUUCCUGUCGAUGCUCUCAGCUCCCUCUUGCUCUGUCUCUUGUUGGAAAGAUGACGAAACUCGGGUUUGAGCCCAGCAUUGUCACUUUUGGCUCUCUGCUCAGUGGACUCUGCCGCGCGAACAGGAUCGACGAGGCCUUCUCUCUGGUUGUUUCGAUGGUGAAAUCGGGAUACGUUCCUAACGUCGUAAUCUACAACACUCUGAUUGAUUGUCUUUGCAAGAACAGUCAUGUGGAUACCGCGUUGCAGCUUUACAACCAGAUGGAAGUGGAAGCAGAUGUUGUUACCUACAACACUCUCAUAACCGGCGUUUGUAGUGAUGGCAGAUGGAGCGAAGCUGCUCGACUACUCGGAGAUAUGAAGAAGAGGAGGAUAAACCUCGACGUUAUCACUUUCACUGCACUGAUCGAUGCGUUCUUGAAAGAAGGGAGCCUUUCAGAGGCCCAUGAGCUGUACAUGGAGAUGAUCAGAAGCUCUGUAGUUCCUAAUACCGUCACUUUCAACUCGCUGAUCAAUGGGCUUUGCAUGAACGGUCGCCUAUACCAAGCCAGAAAAACGUUUUCUUCGAUGGGCUGUCCCCGAAACGUAGUGACGUAUAAUACUCUCAUAAAUGGGUUUUGCAAGUCUGAGAGAGUAGAGGACGGGAUGAAGCUAAUGCGGAGGAUGUCUAUGGAAGGAUUGGUCGGGGACACAUUCACUUACAACACUCUCAUCCACGGUUAUUGUCAGGUGGGUAAUCUCAGAGCUGCACUAUACAUUUACGACACGAUGGAAUCUUGCGGCGUGACUCCUGAUAUUGUGACCCGCUGCAUUCUGUUACAUGGCCUUUGUGUCAAUGGGAAAGUAGAAAAGGCAAUGGGGAGGUUCGAAGAUAUGGGAAGAAGCGGCAAGUAUCUUAGUAUUGUUGCGUAUAACAUCGUGAUCCACGGGUUGUGCAAGACGGGUCAAGUCGAAAAAGCUUGGGAGUUGUUUUGUGGACUGACUUCACAAGGAGUGAAGCCUGAUGCAAGAACAUACACUACAAUGAUAUUAGGACUGUGUAAGAAUGGCCCACGCCGUGAAGCCGAUGAGCUGUUUAGAAGAAUGAAAGAGGAUGGGAUUAUAUGA